CGCAAGAUCGCAGAGGUGGCGCGGAGCCCGGCGAGCUGAUGACGGACCCCUUCCUCCUGUCUUCAAUGCCUCAGCAGAAGAUCCCCAAGGGCUGGAUAGAGGAGGGCUGCUGGACAACCUCCCAGGGAGGCUGCUCCGACCUGCUGCUCGUGGUGUAUGAAACUGGAGACUGAGCGAGCCCUAGCCGCCGCCGCCCGCUCCGUCGCUGCCGUCGGUCUACACUGGCCCCCGCCUCACCGCGACCGCCGCCCGGCCCCGGCCCCGGCCCCGGCUCGGGGCGCCCCAGGGCUCGCCCCGCGCCCGCCGCCGCCCGCGCGCCCUCCUGACAGCUGCGGCGGUGGCGGUGAUGCAAAGGAGGAGGGUGCUGCCGCCGGCGGUGCUGAUGCUGGCGAUCGGCGCCCGGGUGUGAGGCGAGCGUCAUGGUGGAGAUGCUGGGUUCGCGGCGCUGAGAGAGCGAGCGAGAACGAGCGCCAGCCCGGGGCGGAGGACGCACGAAUUCGGAUCUUGCUGCUGUGUGGGCUCGGAUCUCUUUCUCUCCCCCCCCCCACCCCCGUUUGGUCUGGGUUUGCAUCUUUAAAACCUUUCUCCACUCUGUCCUCUCCCCGACCACUGGAAGUCUUCGCGUCUCUAAAUGGAAUUAGUGGAGAUCGUAGCCUCUGGUGUAACGAACAGACAUGAUCUAUGGACGCAGUUUGUUUCACAUUGUAACAAGUUUACUCAUCCUCCAUCUCUCUGGGGCAACCAAGAAAGGAACAGACAAGCAAACCACCUCAGAAACACAAAAGUCUGUGCAGUGUGGAACUUGGACAAAACAUGCAGAGGGGGGUAUCUUCACUUCUCCGAACUAUCCCAGCAAGUACCCCCCUGACCGAGAGUGCAUCUACAUCAUAGAAGCUGCCCCAAGACAGUGCAUUGAACUUUACUUUGAUGAAAAGUACUCUAUUGAACCGUCUUGGGAGUGCAAAUUUGAUCAUAUUGAAGUUCGAGAUGGACCUUUUGGAUUUUCUCCAAUAAUUGGACGUUUUUGCGGACAGCAAAAUCCACCUGUAAUAAAAUCCAGUGGAAGAUUUCUUUGGAUUAAAUUUUUUGCUGAUGGAGAGCUGGAAUCUAUGGGAUUUUCAGCUCGAUACAAUUUCACACCUGAUCCUGACUUUAAGGACCUUGGAGUUUUGAAACCAUUACCAGUGUGUGAGUUUGAGAUGGGCGGUCCUGAAGGCAUUGUGGAGUCUAUACAAAUUAUGAAGGAAGGCAAAGCUUCUGCUAGUGAGGCCGUUGAUUGCAAGUGGUACAUCCGCGCUCCUCCACGAUCCAAGAUCUACUUGCGGUUUUUGGACUAUGAGAUGCAGAAUUCAAAUGAAUGCAAAAGGAAUUUCGUGGCCGUGUAUGAUGGAAGCAGCUCUGUGGAGGAUCUGAAAGCCAAAUUCUGUAGCACCGUGGCCAAUGACGUCAUGCUCCGCACGGGCCUGGGGGUCAUCCGCAUGUGGGCAGAUGAGGGCAGUCGGAACAGCCGAUUUCAGAUGCUCUUCACAUCCUUUCAAGAACCUCCCUGUGAAGGCAAUACAUUCUUCUGCCACAGUAACAUGUGUAUUAACAAUACCUUGGUCUGCAAUGGACUCCAGAACUGCGUGUACCCUUGGGAUGAAAAUCAUUGUAAAGAGAAGAGGAAAGCCAGCCUGCUGGACCAGCUGACCAACACCAGUGGGACUGUCAUUGGCGUGACUUCCUGCAUUGUGAUCAUCCUUAUUAUCAUUUCUGUCAUUGUGCAGAUCAAACAGCCUCGUAAAAAAUAUGUUCAAAGGAAAUCGGACUUUGACCAGACAGUUUUCCAGGAGGUGUUUGAACCUCCUCAUUAUGAGUUAUGCACCCUCAGAGGGACAGGAGCUGCAGCUGACUUUGCAGAUGUGGCCGAUGACUUUGAAAACUACCAUAAACUGAGGAGGUCCUCUUCCAAAUGCAUUCAUGACCAUCACUGUGGAUCACAGCUGUCCAGUGCGAAAGGCAGCCGCAGCAACCUCAGCACAAGAGACGCGUCUGUCUUGACCGAGAUGCCCCCACAGCCCGUUAAACCUCUCAUCCCGCCCAUGAACAGAAGAAAUAUCCUCGUCAUGAAACACAACUACUCCCAAGAUGCUGCAGAUGCCUGUGACAUAGACGAGAUUGAGGAGGUGCCCACCACGAGUCACAGGCUGUCACGACACGACAAAGCCGCCCAGCGGUUCUGCCUCAUUGGGUCUCUAAGCAAACAUGAAUCUGAAUACAACACAACUAGGGUCUAAAAAGAAAAUUCAAGAGAAGAACUAUUUAUACAAACAUGGGGACUGUGAAAAGAAAAUUCUAUAGUGAAUUGUGAAAAGUGGACAUAUUUCUAAAUUCAUUCCACUGCCUUUAUCCAAACUUAAGAAUUACAGACAUUUGUUAUUCCUUCGGCAAGACAUCCCGCUGCACAAUGAUAUGUUCAUUUCGUAAUUUGGUUGCUGGCCACCAAGUGCUCCUUAGUUUUUAAAUACAUUUUGAGAUUUACUGGAAACUUGAAGAAGAAAUUAGUUCCUGAUUAAGACUAUCCCAACUUUAUUUUUACUAUCAGUUUCACUUUGUUUCUAUGUUGUUUUAUGUCUUUGUUAGAUAAUUGUACAUUGUGUGAUAUGUGAAAAAAACACGAUUUUAGAUGAACUUUAUGUUACCUGUACAUUGUUUCCAUUAUAUAGACUGCUUGAGAAUAGUGCGUUCCUGAGUGAUUUUGAACAUGCUACAGUGAAAAGUGAAAAUAUGGACCAUGGAAACACCAGCUAGAGGUUUUAUGGACUACAAACAUCUGUUAUUGUAUUACGAUUAAAUGCAACCAAAAGUAAUGAGUAAAAUUACUAGUUGCAAUAAGAAAAAUCUCAUUUUUUGGUCUUUCCUAUA